AUUACAAACAUCUGUCAGUUGCUCCUCUUGUUAGCCGUUAGCUCAACUGGUUCCCAGGCUGUCAGUUGCUAACAGCGACGACAAAUUCUAAUUCUAUUCUUAUCUGUGGCUCCAUAAAACCGCCAGGAUGUUUGAGGAGGCCAGUGAAGUGUUCGACAACAUGUUUAAAUCCUCUUUCCCCCUCACCUUCAUCGUGUUUAUCCCCGCCGUGCUGAUCCUGGUGUCUCCGCUGCCGGCCGAUGCGGCUCAUGAGUUCACGGUUUACCGCAUGCAGCAGUACGACCUGCAGGGUCAACCCUACGGUACCAGGAAUGCCAUCCUGAAUACGGAGGCUCGUACUGUAGAAGCAGAGGUAUUAAGUCGCCGCUGUGUAAUCAUGCGGCUUGCAGACUUUUCCUAUGAAGAGUAUCAGAAAGCGCUUCGACAGUCAGCAGGAGCUGUGGUCAUCAUCCUGCCCAAGAACAUGUCUGCUAUGCCGCAGGACAUAGUUCAGCAGUUCAUGGAGCUGGAGCCGGAAAUGUUGGCCACAGAGACCGUCGUCCCCGUGUACUUCGCCAUGGAGGACGACGAGCUGCUGUCCAUCUACACCCAGACCCUGACCUCCUCCUCCUCUCAGGGCUCCCUAUCGGCCGCCGAAGUGCUGCUGCACACGGCCACAGCUAACGGCUUCCAGAUGGUGACCAGCGGAGCUCAGAGUAAAGCCAUCAGCGACUGGGCCAUCACCAGCUUAGAGGGUCGUCUGGCUGGAGUCGGAGGAGAAGAUCUUCCCACUAUCGUCGUGGUCGCUCACUACGACUCCUUCGGUGUCGCUCCGGUAUGUUCACCGCUAUCUGUGGGAUUUGGUUAUAGUCUGUCGUUAACACGGUGUCUCUUUAGAAAAAGCACGGGUUCAGUUCACAAUGCAUAUAAACGAGGGUGUCAGAGAGCCAGUUCCCCGGACGUGAAGUUCUCGAUGGUCCAUAAGAAGAUCAACCUGGCGGACGACAUGCUGGCCUGGGAGCACGAGCGCUUCGGGAUCCGCCGCCUGCCGGCCUUCACGCUGUCGCACCUGGCCUCCCACCGCCUGGCGCAGAGAGCCAGCAUCAUGGACGCCCGGUCAGUGUCCCCCUCCUCUCGCCACGGAGCGGGAGAGCCCCCUGCUGGACCUCACGUAGAUGUUCAGAAGCUCAGCAGAAACACAAAGCUGGUAGCAGAGGCGCUCGCCAGAGUCAUAUACAACCUCACUGAAAAGGGCGCUCCUGGAGACCUGCAGAUCUUCACUGAACAGAUGGUGCAGGACGAGCAGCUCUCGGCGGUCGUUGAUUGGCUGACGGCUCAGCCCCGAGCCGCCCAGCUGGUGGACAAAGACAGCAGCGUGGUGUCGACUCUGGAGUAUCACAUGGGACACUACCUGAAGGACGUGAAGAGGCACUAUGUCAGAGCAGACAAGAGGGAUCCAGAGUUUGUUUUCUACGAUCAGCUGAAGCAGACGAUGAACGCAUACAGAGUGAAGCCGGCCAUCUUCGACCUGCUGCUGGCCGUCUGCAUCUCAGGGUACUUAGGGGUGAUGUACCUCGCCAUCCAGAACUUCGGGCUCCUGUACAGCGUCGCCCGCAGAGUCACGCAGCCCAAAGUGAAAUCCCACUAAAGUACAAGUUCCACAUCUCUCUCUCCAUCUUCUUCAAAUCCAAGAACUUGUGUGAAAGCAGGAGCUGGGCCGAACCGACGGCUUUCACAACCCAGCAGAAUAUUUUUCGUUUCCUUCAUCCAUAAACUAUGAUGUCAGAUUGAACCGCUGCCAAUUCCUCCAUUUGGUCUCCGGACCGGAACAAUCAGGAAUCAUUUCUCACACACAGAAAUGUUUCCAGUGAGAGAUGUAGACGGGAUUCAGACUGUUUGAAGUCGCUCUGCAGAAACUGAGUUUAACCCAGAAAAUAAUUAAGGACAGAUUCACAUUUGUUUAAAUACGAUACUCACACUCCCAUAAAGACGUUUAAACGGUUAUCAGUCGGUGUCAUUAUUAUUUAUUUUCAUACUGACUGUGUUGAAGUCACGUUGUAGAGAGGAAACAACUUUCCUCCGUGCAGCGGUAGAUUAUAUUUGGGUCAUAAUUCCUAUUUUUUCAUAAUAAAAAGACUUCAAAUUAACUCCUUUUAGUCUCUGGUGAAUUUAGAAAAGACUGGAUUAUGUUUCCCAUUUCUUUAGGGCUGCAAUUUAACAAAUGUAACGAACAUUAACGAGCGUUUAGACAGAAAAACUGGAUACAAAUUCACAUUGAAUUCCAAGAUGUUUUCAAACUACCUUUUUUUUGUCCGACUCGGCAAAUGACAAAUAUAAUUUCUAAAAUAUAAAACAUUUAAUAAGGCAUAGAAAAUACUUCAAAUGUUAGGCGUUUGUACUGAAGAAAAGUAUACAGCGAUGAUGAAAAUAUGUGCGGCUUAAAAAUGCCAUAUGGGCUUGUGAGUAUUGUGUCGAGGAAAAUCUGAAUUUGUCCUUUUUUUAAAGUGAAAAUUAGACAAAAAUCAACGACUUAUCAAAAUAAAAUGUGAAGUAGUGUUUAAAUGAUCCUGAUUAAAUCGCCUUGGUAGUGAAAUAAUGAAAAGCAACAUUCGAUUGCCAAAUAAUUACUGUUUGCAUUAACCCCCCCCCCCCUUUAAUAAUAUCUAACGUUAGGGACGUGUUUCCACUUGUUGUGCCCCUAUGUUCCCGUAACGUUUGUUUCUGUGACUUGAUUUUCUUACUGCUCAAGUCUUUUUUUUAAUGAAUAAAACAAGUCCUGCUGGGAAACGCUGAGUCAUGUUAAAGCUGGUGUUAGCAUACAAUCAGGGCGACGUGUAAAGACGAGAUAACGACCCCUUUUUUAUCUGAGAGAAACACCUUAUGAGUUUGUGACUUUAGCGAUAAUCUGAUCUGAGAUUUUUUUAAGCCGUGUUAAGAUUUUGUCGCUGCAGUGUUUGUGUUAAAAUUGGAAGAGACAGAUAUUGGUCCUAUUAUCAAAACGAGCGUGUUGAAUGAAUACUGCAGUGAUGUUUCUCUACCUUGUGGGUGAUUUUUUGUUUUUUGUAUUUUCCACCGCGUGACCCUUUUUUUACCGACUCGAGGGAAAUGCUGCGUGCGUGGUACAUAUGAAUUUUUAAUUUAUUGAAGCAGUUAUUUUUUCAUUUGUGCACUGAACCCUUCUCCGCUCACACUUGAUCUCUGCAAUGAAAAGUUGUGAUUAAAAUAAAAACAAUGUUAAAAAAACACA